AAUCCAAAACUCUAUACAUGCAUAGCAACGACUUGUCUCUCUAAUCCCCCUCUUCUCCAGGAAAUCUCAAUUUUGGGCAAAAAUCCCCAAAAAUCAGAGCAAAAACAACAAAAAUGGUGUGCGAAAAGUGUGAAAAGAAGUUAAGUAAGGUAAUUGUUCCUGAUAAGUGGAAGGAAGGAGCUAGCAACACCACCGAAGGCGGUGGACGGAAAAUCAACGAGAAUAAACUCCUUUCCAAGAAAAAAAGAUGGAGUCCUUAUGGAAAUACCAAGUGCAUGAUUUGCAAGCAGCAAGUACAUCAAGAUGGCAAGUACUGUCACACCUGUGCUUAUUCCAAAGGAGUUUGUGCUAUGUGCGGAAAGCAAGUACUUGACACCAAGCUUUAUAAACAAAGCAAUGCAUAACACAACUGAGAUGCUAUCUGGUACUUCUGGUCUGAGUGUUAUAACUGUUGACUUGUGACUGCUUCUCAGCUCGAUCGUCAAGCUUAUGAAUAUGUAAUCGGAUCUGUAACAAUCGCUGACAGUCAUGUAAUAUACUAGAACGCUUGGUUGGUUUCUUUAUUGCUUAUCAACAAAUUAUGUUACGAGUACAGUAUACAAUUUCAUAUCUAUUUUCUUUUUUGAUUCA